GCCAGAAGAUCAAGAAGCAUGGAUAUGCUAAAUCGAGACUUCAGUGAUGCCAGCACAGAAUUGCGCCUGAUCCUGGUGGGCAACAUCGGCUGUGGUAAAACCCUGACAGCUGACACCCUGCUGGGUGAUUUCUCGUCCGUUGGUGCCCUCUUGUCAACCCGGCUAUGCGAGGUUCGGUGUGGUGAAUCAGAAGGAUGUCGUCUCCGUCUGGUAGAGACACCUCGCUGGUACUGGAAGGGCGAACACAUCGAUAGCACCGUACAGACAGAAACAGAGCGGGCUUUGAGUCUGACAGCGCCAGGUCCACACGCCUUCCUCAUCCUUGUGCCUGUAGGCCAGUUUACUGAGGUGGAGGGUCGAAUCCCUGCAGAACUGGAGCGGAUCUUUGGAAAAGACGCCUUGGCACACUCGCUGGUGCUUCUUACCUGUGGGGAUUACAUGAUGGGCAGGGAUGUGGAACGCUACCUUAGUGUGGAUGAGCCUGGUCUCAAAGCUAUGGUGGACAGAUGUGGAGGACACUGGCAUGUGAUUAAUAACCGCAAACCACACAACCGAGAGCAGGUUGUUGAGCUGCUGGAGAAGGUGAAACAUCUGACGCAGACUACUGGUGGCUGUUACCUGACAGGUGCCGUGCAGAGGGAGGUGGAGGAACGGGUUCGUGAAAAAGAACGUGAACUUCAGAGGAAGUACAGUCUGCGAGAAGAGGAUAGAGUCAGCUCAGACUACGCCAUAUCAGAGUCAGAAAGGAAAGGGUUAUUCCGUGCCAGGAGUCUAGUGGAGGCAGACAGAGUGACAUCACAACAUCUAGCCAAUGGGCUUCACUCUCAGCCGCCAGGGUGGCAGGAGGAAUUACCUUCAGUUCAGAGAAAGAGUUCCAGUUUUAAACUGAGCAAAGAGGGAGCCAUUCUCAGUCAAAUAUCACAACUAUCAGAAUCCAGAGGAAGCCCUAACAACCAAAAUUACAUCAACUCAGUUCAUUACCGGAUCAGCUCUUCAGGCAACUCCAGCACCCCUCCAUCUCCCAUCCCUUCUUCACCCACUUAUAACUCCACCAUCACCUCCUCCUCUUCCUCCACAUCUUCCUCUGUUGAUUCCUCUGAUCUGAGGCUGGUCCUGCUGGGUCGUACUGGGUCCGGGAAGAGCGCUGCAGGGAAUGCCAUACUGGGCCGAGAUGAGUUCAAGCUGCGCGGAGCUGAUGCUACCGGUGCCACCACUCAAACUUGUGUGAAGGGAACAGCCAUGAUUGGAAAAAGAAAAGUGGUAGUGGUGGACACCCCAGACUGGUCUUGGUCCGGCUGUUCUCCUGACGACCUGAGAUCCCAUCUGUCCUCCUGCAUGGAGUUGUGUGCCCCUGGCCCUCAUGCCUUUCUGCUGUGUGUCCCCCUCACCCUGCCUGGUCGCUCCAAUCUACAUGACCUGUCCACUGUAAAGGAAGCGAUUGGCCAAGAUGCUAUCCUGCACCACACUCUGGUCCUGUUCACACACUCGGACCAAGUCAAGGAUAAGGAUAUUGAGAAGUACAUCGCUGCUAAACGUCCCGAGAUGCUUGAGCUUGUGGAGAGGUGCGGUGACCGCUACCAUGUUCUCGGGCGUGACAGUAAUGAAAGGAACGUGGAGGCGCUGCUGGAAAAAGUGGACCAAACGGUAAAGGAGAGCGGAGGAAGUUAUUACAGCUGCCAGAGACAGGACGACAUCGGCAAAGAUAGAACGACACAGAAUCUGAGAGGCCAAGGAGGAGACGAUCGUAUGGACGAGAUAGACCGAGUCAUGUCUACCACGCUGCAUUCUCUGAAAGAGGAAGAUGAAGCUGAACAGGAUGAUAAAAGCACAAAAACAGGAGGAUCCAUCUUAUCAUCAGCCAAGUCUAUGCUUGGCUCAGCGCUUUACUUUGUCGGGGGGAAAGUGGGUGAAGGUGCAAAGCGGGUGCCCAAACUGGUUGCAGGAGGAGCUGUGUUUGGAGGAGUGCUUGGACUGUUUGUUGGAGGACCUGUAGGGGGCGCUGUUGGGGCUACAGCAGGAACGGUAGCUGCAGAGUAUGGCAGACGGAAAUACAACAAACCCAAAACGGCAUGAUGAACAGGAAGCAAAAAUAAUG